CAGAAACAUUAAACCUAUUUAGUGUAUAUAAUACAUAGAAUAUUUAUUAGAUUCAUUUCUAUUCAACUAGUCCAUUGAAUGAUGCAACAUUCUAAUCAUGAUGAUAUUCAUGAACAUAAUGAGAAUGUUAAUUCCAUGUCAUCAAUUCAUCUAGUUAAUCAUGGAAAUGAUGGAUUAUUUCUUAGUUAUACCUAUUUAGGUAUAUGCCUAUUAUGUUUAGGAAUUUGGUGGUGGAUUCAAGCAUUAAGACAACAUUAUUCUAAAACCAAACACAAGCAUCAUAAUGAACAAUCUGCUACAACUGUAUCCAUUGGAUCACGGAGUUGUUGUAAACACAGUAGGGGAGAAGGUUUAUGUAAAGUAAUUUGUUGUCUGAUUGGUAUUGGUGUAGAAUUGAUCACAUUGAAAUUAGGUCGUCAUCAUGAAUAUGCUCAAUUUCCAUUUUAUACAGCAAUGUUGCUAGUUGGUUUAUUAGAUAUAUUCAUGUCGACAACAAUCAUUGUAUUACCGAAAGGAUUUGAUUCUAUAAUAUAUGCAUUACCAUUCUUUGUACAUACUUAUUGUUUACGUGCUCAAUCCUAUCAACAACCACAUAUUACAGAAACCUGUUGUUUAUUGAUUAGUUAUUGGGGAUUGAUAGUUGGUUGCUGGAUGAUACAUGAAAUGAUGAUGAUGACGUCAAUGAAGGGAGUUGAUGUUGGGAUGAUGGCGGUGUUUAACAACUCCUUAUUAUGGACAUGGAUCAAAUGUUUCAGUGUGAUGAUACAUGGAUCAUGGAUAUGUCAAAGUGGAUUUUUAUUAAAUUCUCCAUUCAAUCAAGCAUGGGAUGAAAGUGAUCAUGAUAAAGUGAUGUUAACUGUUGUGAUAUUUGUAUGGCAUAUGUUUAUUGUUAUGAUUGGACAAUUAUUAUUAUUAAUAGUAAUGGCUAAAUGUUAUGGUGUAUCAUCGGAUUGGACUAAGAUGACGAACUUGUCGAUUAGAGGACACCAUCAUCAUAUAAAUAUGAUAGAGAAUCAUUGCAUCAAUCUAAUCCCAUCAAUCAAUAUGAUAAUAUUGAAUAUACACAAUUACUGAAUACAGAUUAUAUUGAAUAGUUGUUGUUGUUGUUGUGUUGGUGGUGGUGGUGGUGUUGGUGGUAAUUUGGAAUAAUAAUGAUGUGCAUACUACUAUUCUUGUUACUAUGACUACUAAUUAUAGUGAUGUGAUGUGAUGUGAUAUUGAAUGGUGGAUCGAUGUAUGUGAUUUUGUGUUUUUCUGAUUUUGUUUUUUGUUUUGUUUUCUUAUGCAGUUUCCCAUAUUGUGACUUUGUUUAUUGAAAUGAAAUGAUUAGUGUAUUGUUUUAUUCGUCUAUUUCACUUUGCCUCAAUACUUUCUUGUAUACAUUGUGUUCACACUAAUCUGAUGAUUCCAUCAAGGUGAGUUUAUGGAGAGUUUUGAUUUUGGUGAGAAUAAAUGAUGAAGUUAACAA